CGUUAAUAACAGACAAAUGUCACUUCAAUCAUCAAAGUCAUCAUAUCAGCUACCAAGCAGACUAGUAUUACUUUUGUAUUGUACCGUAUUGCUAUACAUUCUACUUGUAAAAGCAUGUUACUCGAUGCUUCAACUUUUUAAGCUGACAGCAAAUCUAAGUCUUGAUAAAACAAAAUGAUAUAAAGCUUGG